ACAGGGGGACAGUCUCUAAAAGCAGUUAUAGUUUUACAUCUUUGUGAUGUCAUUCUCUGUUGGAGCAUUUCGCGGCAGCAGGCGACACAGGUUGGGGGAAUAACGAGAGAGAGGGGGGCAGUGGACAGUUUACCAGGCGUAAAAGACUGGGAAACGAAGCCAAUAGACUAGCUACAAUUUUAAAAGAAGAAAGCAGCUGUCCGUCAACCUCUCCAAAAACGCAGUCAUGUUAUCUUUAUCCAUUAGGAUAUGUUUUUAUUCGGAAUAGGCGAUUAUUCUCCAAUCACAUUGUUCUCUUCUCCCAAAACAUCCCAGGAUAGGAUAGAGUGGAUGUUAUUGUCAUAAUAACCAUGAAUUCGGCGGAACAGACGGUAACGUGGCUGAUAACGUUGGGGGUCUUGGAGUCACCGAAAAAGACAAUUUCUGACCCUGAAGGAUUCCUGCAGUCUUCUCUCAAAGAUGGGGUUGUCCUGUGCAAACUGGUGGAGCGAUUGCGCCCUGGUUCUGUUGAGAAAAUCUUCCAAGAACCAAGGAAUGAUAGUGAGUUCCAGAGCAAUAUAAAGGAGUUUCUGAAAGGCUGCGGGUCCUUCCGAGUGGAGCCAUUUGAGGUCAAUGACCUCCUCCAGGGACUGAACUUCACCAAGGUGCUCAACUCUCUGGUGGCACUGGCCAAAGCCACCGAGGACAUAGGAGUGGGCAGUGACUCUGUGUGUGCACAUCACUCAUCCUCGUUACGGAUCAAGUCGUUUGACUCUCUGAACACUCAGUCUCCCCGCGGACGCUCCUCCAAAGUCCUCCACAACCAGUACCGCAGCCUGGACAUGUCGGAGAGCGGUGGGCAGCGGGUACUGGUGAGGGCCAAGUUCACCUUCCAGCAGACCAAUGAAGACGAGCUGUCCUUCAACAAGGGUGACAUGAUCAGUGUGUCGCGCCAGGAAGACGGCGGCUGGUGGGAGGGCUCGUUCAACGGCAACAAGGGCUGGUUCCCUAGCAACUAUGUCAAGGAGGUCAAAGGCAGCGACAACCCAGUGUCUCCUAAGUCUGGCACCCUCAAAAACCCUGUGAGAGGCUUUGACACACCAGCUGUCAGCAAGACCUACUAUAACCUGGUGCUCCAGAACAUUCUAGAGACCGAGACCGAGUAUUCCAAGGAGCUCCAAAGCCUACUGACCUCAUACCUGCACUCACUGCAACCCACAGACAAGUUGAGCAGUGCAGACGUCAGUCACAUCCUGGGGAAUCUGGAGGACAUCUCUACCUUCCAGCUGAUGUUAGUUCAGUCCUACGAGGAAUGUACCAGGCUUCCAGAGAGCCAGCAGAGAGUAGGGGGCUUCUUCCUCAACCUGCUGCCCCAGAUGAAGGCUCUCUACAUGGCCUACUGCUCGAACCACCCCUCGGCUGUCAACAUCCUCACAGAACACAGUGAGGAGCUGGGGGAGUUUAUGGAGGGGAAGGGAGCCAGUAGUCCAGGUAUCCUGACCCUCACCACUGGUCUCAGUAAACCCUUCAUGAGGCUGGACAAAUACCCUACACUGCUGAAGGAACUGGAGAGACACAUGGAGGAGCAUCAUGCUGAUCGACCAGACAUCCAGAAGUGUUUGACCUCCUUCAAAAGCCUCUCUGCUCAGUGUCAGGAGGUGAGGAAACGUAAGGAGCUGGAGCUGCAGAUUCUAACUGAGACGAUCAGACGCUGGGAGGGAGAUGACAUCAGAACCCUGGGCCCUGUCCUGUACAUGUCACACACACUCUGCCACACACACGGAUCAGAGGAGAAGAGUGAACGCUACCUCCUGCUCUUCCCAAAUGUUCUCCUACUGCUGUCUGCCAGCUCCAGAAUGAGUGGAUUCAUCUACCAGGAUAAGCUGCCAUUGACAGGAAUGAUUAUCUCAAGGAUAGAAGAUUGUGAGUUGGUCAAAAACGCUUUCGAAAUAUCAGGCAGUACGUGUGAGCGGAUGCAGGUGGUGUGUAACAACCAGCAGGAUUUGCAGGAGUGGGUGGAGCAUCUGUCGAGACACACUCAGAUCAGAAACGCCCCCUCCGUGAUCAUGACCACACCCACCGCCAAGCCCCAGUCUGUCCCCUGCCACACGCUCCCGUCCCAUCCCCUGACCCCCUCCAGACACUCAGAGAGUAGGGGUGUAUCUGCGGGCCCUGCCUACCACACCUUACCCCACCCCUCCUCCCACGGGGUCCCUCAAACCCCCCCCAUGUGGGGUCCCCUGGAGCCCCCCAGCACCCCCAAACCCUGGAGCCUCAGCUGCCUCCGCCCCGCGCCCCCACUCAAGCCCUCGGCAGCACUCUGCUAUAAAGAGGAUCUGAGUAAAAGUCCUAAGAGUAUGAAGAAGCUGCUGCCUAAACGUAAGCCUGAGAGGAAACCUUCAGAUGAGGACUUUGCUACCAGGAAGAGUACUGCAGCUCUGGAGGAGGAUGCCCAGAUCCUGAAAGUGAUCGAGGCCUACUGCACCAGCGCCAAAACACGACAGACACUCAACUCAACAUGGCAGGGUACUGAUUUGAUGCAUAACCACGUGCUGGCCGAGCCAGUUGACCGGUCCAGUGCGGACACUAUAGGUUGCCGUAGCAGCCUGUCCAGAGGGACCGAGCCCUGGUCUGACCUAUCAGAGGACUCGGAUUAUGACAGUAUUUGGACCGCCAGUAGUUACAGGACCUCCUCCGUUUCUCGAUCCAGAGAGAAGUCAGGUCUGCACAUGCUCUUCCCUGAGGAGGAGAAGAUCAUCGUGGAGGAGACCAAGAGCAACGGACAGACUGUCAUAGAGGAGAAGACUCUAGUAGACACGGUGUAUGGGCUGAAGGAUGAAGUGCAGGAGCUAAAACAGGACAACAAGAAGAUGAGGAGGACCCUGGAUGAAGAGCAGAAAGCCAGGAAGGAGCUGGAGAAGAUCCUGAGGAGAGUCCUGAAGAACAUGAACGACCCCACCUGGGACGAGACCAACCUGUGAAUACUCGGGUGACAUCGCAUCAACAUGGUUGGGUUUGGGCUCCAUCGUGACUGGACCAAAAUUGUUAACCACAAAGCUAUCUGCUGUAACACUGUGAACUGACACUGUGGAACACUGAUCUGUCACUGUUGUAAGAGACUGGGUGUGGUCCAAAGUCAAAACAGCCAAUGAAAAUGCAACAUAGCGUCCCUGAAUCACUCUGGAAGACUAUUGGCUGCGGCAUGGACCUCCGACCUCUGUGUUGAUCUGGGAUUGGAAAGGGGCUGGAACAAUCACGCUAGUGAAGAUACCUGGUUUGCUCUUCUCAUCUUUGUUGAUCUGCACUGAUAUGUGCAGUAGGUCCCUAGUGCCUACAAAGGGAUUUCCUUCCACCUGUCCAGUUUUAUGCAGAUGAAAGAUGAGGAAAGGUAGCCACGGUAGACUAUUGAGAUGCAACCCAGACAAUUUUGACAGGUGAUGAUUUUGUCACUGCCUCCAUUACCCUGCUGCCAAGCUCCUCAACACCCCCACCCUCUUACCCCACUCUGGAGCAUCUCCCUGCCCAUUCCUCUGAGCCUUGUAAGGAACCUAUGGCCAACACACAGAACAGCAUAACCUCUAGCUCAUUCUGCAUGUUUCCAUGGAAACCUUAGCAAUCCAAUACUGGAACGUUUUCAGGUGAUUUUUCUAGCUUUCUGAUGAUGAUUUGAAGUAUUCUGGAUGACCUAUUUCUUGUUUGUUACUGUUGUUUUACUGGAUAAUGGACUUUCUAUUUUAAUGCUUUCCUGAAAACACUGUAUUUCUACUUCUUUGUCACCUAUGAUUUGUACAGAAACUAAAUGUAGCGUCUCAAAUUAAUAUCAUGAAAUGUGCCUUGGGGAAACUAUUCCAUGAUAGCAGCUUAUAUCUCUUUCAGGCUCUUCAGUUUAAAAUAGGUCAAAUAUUCCAAUGCAAUAUUGAUUCCAAUGAUGAACACUAAUGUAAACUACUUAUCUAACUAUUUCAGAUUCUAUAUUAUGUCUGUAAUUUAUGUAUUUAAAUGAAAUUGACUGAAGUGUAUUAUGCAAUCCUUAAGUCUAUUGUUCAGUUAAAAACCUCCCUCCUUAAGUCUAUUGUUCAGUUAAAAACCUCCCUCCUCAAGUCUAUUGUUCAGUUAAAAACCUCCCUCCUCAAGUCUAUUGUUCAGUUAAAAACCUCCCCCCUUAAGUCUAUUGUUCAGUUAAAAACCUCCCUCCUUAAGUCUAUUGUUCAGUGACAUUCUCCCUCAAGUCUAUUGUUCAGUGAAAACCUCCCUCAAGUCUAUUGUUCAGUUAAAAACCUCCCUCAAGUCUAUUGUUCAGUGACAUUCUCCCUCCUUAAGUCUAUUGUUCAGUGAAAACCUCCCUCAAGUCUAUUGUUCAGUGAAAACCUCCCUCCUUAAGUCUAUUGUUCAGUGAAAACCUCCCUCCUUAAGUCUAUUGUUCGGUGACAUUCUCCCUCGUUAAGUCUAUUGUUCAGUGAAAACCUCCCUCCUUAAGUCUAUUGUUCAGUGACAUUCUCCCUCGUUAAGUCUAUUGUUCAGUGAAAACCUCCCAUAUCCUCUAUUUAUUACCUCUUCGUCUCUCUCUCUCUUCUCAACUCGUCUCUGAAUUAAACCAGUAAACUGAA